CCCAAUAAACAUCGCUCUAUUCAGAGGCUUUCCUUCUGGCCCUCGGUGCUCUUUCCUUAGAAACAAAAACCCUGUCAGACAGGCUGCAUAUCUGAGGUACUUGAAGCCGCGCCCCUGCGCACCCGCAUCGAGAACAGCCGCCACUGCAACUGGGGAGCGAGAAACCAAGUGACAAAGUUGCCCCGUCGCAGAGCCGGAGGGCUUUCAGUGCUUUUCCACUCGGGAAAAAAGGGCUCCUCAUGUUCCGCCAGGUGCUGCUGGGCCGCCUGUCGCCCCGAAUGUUGCCCCUCGUGGCUGUUGUGCUGCUUCAGCGGAAGGACAGGAAAGACACCGGCCUCUAUCACUGGCGGCGUGAGAAGCACCCUUACUACAAUUUCACAGUAAAAAUCCUCCGAGCCAGAAACAUUAAAGGAACAGAUUUGUUGUCUGAGGCAGAUUGCUAUGUGGAAUUGCGUCUACCAACUGCAUCACCAAUCAUUUACCGAACUCAAGUUAUCGACAACUCCAGUGAUCCAGAAUGGAAUGAAACUUUUCAGUAUAGAAUUCACAAUGCCGCCAAGAACAUUCUUGAAUUGGCACUCUUUGAUAAAGACGUUCUUAUAAGUGAUGAACUUACUUCUGUCGUGUUUGAUGUGGCAGGAGUUGAACCAGGCCGCCCUCUGAAAAACACGUUCAGGUUAAAAGAGGACAAAGAGGAGCUGGAUGUAGAGUUUUUUCUGGAGAAAAGUUUGGAUGCUCCCGGUGAAGUUAUCACAAACAGAGUUCUUGUGGCUUAUCCUUGCCUUCGCCUACAAGGAGUAAUUAACAAGGAUGAAAAGUCAAAGCUGAGAGAACAAGGAAGCGGUCAGCUCAAGUUUUCACUUCCAGGAGCCUAUGAGAAGCAGUUGAGCAUCCCUUGCAAAUCAGACUCCGAUCUGAAUUCUGGGAUCCCAUUUGUCUUUCAUGUAGGCAAAGAAAUGUGUUCAAAAUUGGAUGUGGAGAUGGAACGAACGAUUACAGUCCUUCAGGAUGGAGUGAGUCCUGACUUUGAAAAGCAUAGCACAAAUCUUGGAUCAGGGACUGUUCUAUUGAAGUCACUUCCUCUGGGAAAGGAAGUUGACGUGACUGUUCCGUUAGGAAAGAGGUUACAAGUUGGUUUACGCAUGAAGGCUGAAGAAAUGACAGGGGAUCUUGAUGUACGUCUUGGUUUUGAUCUUUGUAAAGAAGAGCGAAGAUUUUUGGACAAAAGGAAGGAAAUAGUAUCUCAGGCACUAAAGAAGGCACUCAGAUUGAGAGAGGACCCCAGUAAAGAUGAGGUUCCUGUUGUAGCAGUCUUAGGAUCUGGUGGAGGAAUGAGAGCACUGACAGCAUUUUAUGGCAGCCUGUUUGGACUUCAGAAGCUAAAUCUUCUGGACAGUGUCACAUACCUGUCUGGCAUCUCAGGCUCUACAUGGUGCAUGUCAAUAUUGUACCAAGACUCAGAAUGGUCAUGGAAAGAUCUCCGAGGUGCGAUUGACAAUGCCCAGGAUAAGAUGUCCAGCAGUAAAGUAGGAGCUUUUUCUUCAGAGCGGCUGAAGUAUUACUUUCAGGAACUGAAUGCAAUGGAGAAUGCUGGUCGGAAAGUGUCAUUCACAGACCUCUGGGGGCUUAUUGUAGAGUACUUUCUGCAGCAGAAGGAAGAUCAAUCAAAACUGUCUGACCAGCAGGAAGCCGUGAAAGAAGGGCGGAAUCCUUACCCCAUCUAUGCAGCUGUCAAUGUGAGGCCCAAUGUUAGUGGUGAUGACUUUGCAGAAUGGUGCGAGUUCACUCCCUAUGAGGUUGGAUUUCGCAAGUACGGUGCUUUCGUUCGAACAGAAGACUUCGACAGUGAGUUCUUCAUGGGAAGGCUGAUUAAGAAACAUCCUGAGCCUAAGAUCUGCUACCUCCAGGGGAUGUGGGGCAGUGCCUUCGCUGCCAGUCUGGAUGAUGUAUUUUUGAAGGUGGUUGGUUCAGGACUGAGCUUUCUAGAAUCUUUGGGUGAUGUUGUCAAAGUUAUCGAUGACCGUCGACGAUUCCAUUUCCGGGAUCCUAUGAGGUUGAAGACUCGUCUGGUUAUACCAGGUGGACCCUUGCUACAAAUUUUCCAGGACUUCUUCAAGUCCCGUGUUACAGCUGGAGAAACUUUCAAUUUCAUGCAAGGCUUGUUCCUCCACAGAGAUUAUAUCAGCCUCAAUAGAUUUGUGAUCUCAAAAGAUACCCAUCUGGAUGCUUUCCCUAAUAAGUUGACUCCAAUGGAAGAGAAUCUGUACCUAGUGGAUGGUGGCUUUUCUAUCAAUUCUCCUUUUCCUUUGAUGCUCCAGCCAGAAAGAGAUGUUGAUGUCAUCCUGUCCUUCAAUUACUCUUGGGAAGCACCAUUUGAGGUCUUACAGUUGACUGAAAAGUACUGUGAAGAUCGGGCAAUUCCUUUCCCGCAAAUUACCUUUAACAAAGAAGAUGAAGAAAAUCCCAAAGAAUUUUAUAUUUUUAUGGAUGCCAAGAACCCAAAGGCCCCCAUUAUUCUUCACUUCCCUCUGGUUAAUGACACAUUCCAGAAAUACAAAGCACCAGGAAUAGAACGUGAAUUGGAAGAGGAAAAAGCCUUUGGUGAUUUUGAAAUCGGGGCAAAAGACUCACCUUAUCGGACACUAAACUUCACCUAUGAGUCCCAUGAAUUCGACCGACUGGUUGAAUUGAGUUGCUAUAACGUACUAAAUAACAAGGAUGCUAUUUUGGAAGCAUUACACUUGGCUUUAAGCAGGCGAAAGCAAAAAAAUCGAACGUCAGUGCUUCCUUGAAAACUGGAUCAGGAAUGGAUUGCAGAGCUUUAUGGAAAGUUCAAGUAUGAAUAACGAAUCUGCAAAGUCUCCUUUUUGUCUGAAUGGAUGUUGCACUAUUAUAUUGUCUACAGACUGUGCUGAAAACUGUUUACUUUUUCAUUUUUCUGCUGUUUCUUUGCAGUAAGCAAAGACCCAAGAGAACAAAAAAUGGCAAUGGUCUUCCAGUAAUAAGGGAUCUGGUAUUUAAGUCUCUGCAUGUCCACUGGGGUAAAGAUUACCUCUCCAUAUUGAGGAUAGUUUAGAAAGAUCUCAAAGUAUUGGCUGAUGUUUCUCUUGUAAGGUAUACUGUUCAGCCACAAUCUUGAUCUGAAUGUCUACUAGGGUGUUUCCAAAUGGAAGACACCUAGUACUGUCAGUGAGAAGGCAUUGUGCAAAUAUUCCAUCUUUUCUUCCUGAACGAAUUGUCUGCAGUGAGAGAAAAUAUGGAAUAAUUAAUGGGAAAACAUGGGAGAUUUAUGAAUUGAAGGCACCUUGAAAUUCCAUGAAUGAGGCAGAGUGAUGGUACCACCUAGAAGCACCAGUAGAAACUAAACUAGAUGGCAAAUAUCUUCCUCUUCUCUUGACAGCCAUUAGAUUUUGAGUCAUGUUUUCCCGAAAGGAUUUGAUAGUUGAAUCAUGAUGAAAUCUGUUCCUUUGUUUGCUGAGCCUAUUAUGAUCAAGAUUUAGGCAAAGGUGGCUUGCUGAUAUUGAUAUUUAAUUGAUUCUGGGUAAGAAAAAUAUCUGGGUAUUCUUUUUUAGCUUUGACUUAGCAAGUGAUUUAGAUUUUAGUAAAGUGACAAAUUAUCUUUUUAACCUAAUAUGAUACUAAAACAUUUGAAAUCUCCUGCUGUAAUAAAGGAGGAGGCUCUUCAAGGCCUGAGUUCCUUGAGUUGAAAUUCUUUUUCUACCCUCCUUUACUGACUUUUUGUUUGCCCAGUUUUGUAUUUGAUAGGGGCUGUGGUGAAUAAUAGUCAUUUUUCUUUGACUUUUCAAUGGGACAAAGAAAAUUGAAGACCUCUCUUCUUGGCCACACUGGUAAUUUUGGAAUGGUCUCUGAAAAAAAUUAGUGGAGGCAAAUUUCUGUGUAGGCCUGGUCUACACAGAAAUUUCUCUAACCAUUAGCUUAUUAAGACUGCUCAGAAAAAAUCUGAGAACUUUUCAUGUUGUAAUUUGGAUGAACUGUCCAAUACAUAUGAAAUCCACUAGAUGAGUGCAAGUUGCGGUUGCUGCUGUAUUAUGGGAUGCAAUUACUACUCCUUGAAUGAUGCACUUACUACACUGGUAUCUUCAAAUUUAACCUUGGGCUCAGGGGAUCAGGUUAAUAUCAGUGCACAAGGAGGGUUAUUUAUUUUAAACAAUCACUGUGUUUGAACCAUUGGGAAAUCUUGUCAUUGCCUUUGAAAUUCACAGAAAACUAUAUUGUUGUUCACAAAGUUUUGUUAAUUUUAUUUAAUUGUAAAGGAAUACACUUACAA